UAUAUAUAAAUAUAUUAUAAUUUAUAAUUAAAAACAUUAAGCAAUCAAUGGCAUUCAAACACAUCAUCGAACAGCAUUGCAGCAGUACGAAACCAUGAAUGCAUCUAUCGUUCAACUAAUUAUUAAACACUUAACAAAAAUCUGUGAUACCAUUCAAACAAAUAUUAUACCCAUCCGGUUAUGCCGAAGUUGAGGGAGUCAAUCGUCGUGUGUCGUCUCGCGGCCGUCUUCAUUUACAACAAACUAACCGGCUUCUUGUCCAGAACCGUUGUGCCUCGAAAGAAAACUACCGUCACAAUUGAGCAAGGUACUUUAAAUGGACUUCACUACCACACAAAGGUCUCAAAUAAACCGUAUGCCUGUUUUCUGGGUAUACCGUAUGCUAGACCACCUGUUGGUUCUUUGAGAUUUAAGCCUCCUGUAAAACAUCCUGGAUGGUCUGGGGUGUUCAAUGCAUAUACGCCAGGGAAAAUGUGUAUGCAGUACUAUAUGUUGACCAAAAAAAUUUCUGGAAGUGAAGACUGUUUGUUCUUAAAUAUAUUUGUACCUCAGGAGAAGUUGGAUGAAAAAAAAGCUGUUAUGAUAUUUAUACAUGGAGGAGCAUUUAAUAAUGGAUCUUCAUCACCUGAAUUUUACACACCGGAUUAUUUGAUUGAUGAAAAUAUUAUUGUAGUCACAUUCAACUAUCGUCUUAAUGCCCUAGGAUUUUUAAAUUUCGAUAUUGAUGAAUGUCCUGGUAAUAUGGGUUUAAAAGAUCAAUUAUUUGCAUUAAAAUGGGUAAAAGCAAAUAUAUCAGCAUUUGGAGGUGAUGCGGAAAAUAUUACUAUUUUUGGAGAAAGUGCAGGAUCUGCAUCGGUUCAUUGUCAUACACUGUCUCCAAGAUCUACAGGAUUAUUUCAAAAGGCUAUUAUGCAAAGUGGAUGUAUUUUUAACUCCUGGGCACUAAAUGAAAAACAUAAAGAAGCGGCAUAUAAUUUAGCCAGAAGUUUAGGGUGUCUAAAAGAGGACCCUAAAGAUAUAGUAGAAUAUUUAUUGAAACUUCCAGCUUCUGACAUAGUAAAAUUGAGUAAAAUUGAGGGCGUAACCGAUUUUCGAAAUUAUGAAUUUGUUCCAUCCAUUGAAAGUAAAACAGUUAGUGACAGAUUUUUACCUGAUCAUCCUGAUAUUUUAACCAAAUCUGUAUCACCAGUACCUAUCAUUAUUGGAAUCAACAAUUUAGAAGGAAUGAUUGCAUUUGCAGAAAAAUCAACGAAGAAACUUAUUAGUACUACUGAAGAAAUAAGAAAUUUAUUUGAGGAUAAAUAUGAUGAAGAAAUUAUUAAUAAAGUGAAGAGUUUUUAUUUCGACGAAGGUAAUCCGGAAUAUGGAACAACUAAACUGGAAAAUGUUUGUCAUUUGUAUAGUGAUGGUUUUUUUUCAAAAGACUUUUAUCAUGGAUUUAACCAUCUUCUUUACCAUGGCACACCAGUUUAUAAUUAUGAAUUUAAAUUUGAUGGAAAUAUUAAUAUGUGUAAAAAAAUUCUCUCCGAUUUAAAACCUAAUUUAAAGCAAUUAAAAGGUGCGUGUCAUGCAGAUGAAUUAAACUAUUUGUUUUUUGGACAAAUUAUUGGAUAUACACCGAACACUAAUUCGCCAGAGCUCAGGAUGUGUAGAAUGCUUAGUAAACUAUGGGCUAACUUUGCAAAAACCGGAAAUCCGAAUUCAUUGGAUUUAGGUUUUGAGUGGAUCCAAACAAGUUUGGACAAACCUAAAUAUUUAUCAUUGGAUGGUGAUGAUACCUGUAUGGUUGACGGAUUAAUAAAAAGUUCUAGUGUGAAUUUUUGGGAAAAUAUAUCAAAAACAGUUCAAUAUAAACAAAAAUUUUGAUUUUUUUUAUAUUAGACUAUAAAUAUUUGUCGAAAAAUCAUUAAUAAUUAUGUUACAAACUGUUAUAUUCAUUUCUAAUAUAGAAAAAUGUAUACGA